CUCUACAGCCCAGCUGAUAACCAACAAUAUCCAACGACCACCUCUAUUAAUAUUCUAUCGUUCCAGUUCUUUUCCACUUUGGCUUUACUAGCUGGUACAUCUUUUAUACAAUAACCAUCAUCCUAGUUUAAGUACUAAUAGUGGAUUCAGUCCUAGCAUGAUGCUUAAGCCUACCCUGCUUGUCCUGUUUGGGUUCCUGCUGUCCCUCAUCAGCGCCAAUGACGGCCUCACUCCGCUUCCUGGAACCGUUGUGCCGCCCAUUCUCUUUCGAGGUGAUAGUCGUGGGCCGGAUAUCAUCGACAAAGCUGGCGGCUUGAAAGGCUUUGGCUUUAGCAGAACCACAGAGAAGGGCGCGUCGACCAUCACCGUCUUCGACCACGUCAACAAGAAGUACACUCCUCCUGCUAGGUUAGCCCUAGACCCAUUCGUUUCCACAACACCCGAUGCUGUCAAAGCUCGAGAGUUUGGCAAGUUUAUAUAUACCAUCAACAGAGCCGCUGUGAGCAGCCCGAUCUUUGAUGCGAAGGCCGAGUUUGAGACGGCCAAGAAGAUUUAUCCCCAUCCCACGGAAUUGGAGUACUCUGUCAAGGGCGAAAUCCCCCUCAAGGCCAUCACAAAGGUGCAUAUGAUUGUCAACGGAGUGCCACGAGAGAUGGUAAAAGGCACUGAUGGCAAAUGGCGCAUCGCAGGGUCUAAGCUUGCACAGCCUGCACAACCAGCACAGCCCGGCAAACCAACAACGGGUGGAGGUUCGACUUCUUCUGUUCCAUCUACAGGAAAGCCUGCUGGAGGUUCCAAGAUCCCAGUGAAGACCCCUGGCCAUACAUUCGCCCCGCCCAAUGAAAGCGCACCAACAAAGCAGACAUCGCCGUCAAAGGACAAUGGAAACUCCAAGAUUCCAGUCAAGACGCCAAAGACAUCUUCGCCCGGCAAAACAAAGAAGAAGGGUGGAAAGGGUAAGAGAUGGAGAAUUCAACAAACGGAGGAAGUCUACCAGACAGAAUAAUCAUGAGUAAUUGGGAGCUGUGUGGUGAUACUGUCAUUCAGUCCUAGGAGCUUGUUAGCGCAAAUAUGAUUGGGCGUCUCUUAAACGUUAUGUCUAUCGAGUUGAAGCAACGCAUCAUACUUGACAAUAAUUGAAAUAAUUUACAGUAUAU